AUGGUUAAGCUCAACAACGGACUCGCCUCUUCGCGCAGAAAGUCGCGUAAGGCUCACUUCUCGGCCCCUUCGUCGGUCCGCAGAACCAUCAUGUCGGCCCCUUUGUCCAAGGAGCUGCGUGAGAAGCACGGAGUCCGCUCCAUCCCCAUCCGCAAGGACGACGAGGUUAUCAUCACUCGUGGAUCUCUCAAGGGUCGUGAGGGCAAGGUCACAUCGGUCUACCGUCUCAAGUACGUCGUGCACGUCGAGCGUGUGACCCGCGAGAAGGUCAACGGCCAGUCGGUUCCCGUCGGCAUUUCACCGAGCAAGGUCAUCAUCACCAAGCUGAAGCUCGACAAGGACCGUGAGGCUAUCCUGACGCGGAAGGGCGGCAAGGGUACCGAGACCACUGCUUAA